GGCAACGAACGCUUUUGAGUCUCCCAACGCGGCCCCCGACGUCGUGCACACGUGGCACAACAAGCGGAACGCGCAGAAGACCCACGUUGAUUGCAUUGCCGUUUCCGAGAACAUUGAUUCCGACAUUUCCGUGAAUGCCGAUGCGGACUUCAAGAGUGACCAUUGCCCAGUGACGGGGGUUUUAAAGAUGCAGGUGGCGGUGAAGGCGGCCGUCGUGAACUCGGAGUUCGACGCGCGCAGGGGCCGAUUCAGAUCUGCCGAACAACUGUCCGAGGGCAUCGCAGCUUCGAAGGUGAAAGAUUGGGCGCUCGUCGGCGAG